UAUAAGGUAAAUUUUGAAACACUAUUUAUUUCCAUAAUUUCAUGCAUACUUUUCUUGUUUUCCAGGUACGAAAUGUAAGAAGUGACCAAAGAUUAACCCUGGAGACAGCUUUAUUCUUUGAUGAGGCUGGCUAUAAACUUUUCUCUCCCUAUUUUGAAAAUAAUGAUGACAAGCUGAAAAACAUGCUGCUGGCAUAUCUUAAUGGGGUUCAGGCUUUGUACCAUCAUCCAAGCUUGGGUCUCCCACUGGAUAUUGCCCUGGUAAGACUGGAGGUAUUCAAAGUGCAGCCAACAGACCUACCCCACUACUACGGUGAGAGGGAGGCAUUGUUGGACUCUUUUUGUGCCUACAAUGCUAAACACAAUCCACCCUCUGAUGAGGAUCAGUCCCACUGGGACAUUGGUCUUUACGUAUCAGGUCUUGACUUCUUUGCUGUUGAAAAUGGUCGAAGAAGUGAUGUUACAAUGGGCUUGUCAGCAGUUGGAGGAAUCUGUUCAGAGAAGUAUUCAUGCGUGAUAGCAGAGUUUGGUACAACCAAUGCAUUGGGAAAACCAUAUCCAUCGGCAGGAUUCACCUCAGUUUACGUUCUUGCUCAUGAAAUUGGCCACAACCUCGGAAUGCACCACGACAGUAUGUCGAAUAAUUGUCCCCGUGAUGGCUUUAUAAUGUCACCAUCGCGAAGUGUGACAGGGGAGACCGAGUGGUCUGUUUGUAGCGCGCAAAUUAUGCAAAAACUCAGGUCAUCGACUUGUCUGAAAGAUUCAGCUGGGGAGAAUCUGAUGAAAGGUAUGGAAGGUGACACACCAGGCGUGUUUUGGGGCAGUAAGCGCCAGUGUGAGCUGCUGCUCAGGGAUGGAGAUGCAACUGCAAUCAAUACGGCUACCAAGGGUGUGUGCGAAAAUCUGGAAUGUGAAACUCCACAUCGGACUGGAAGGUACUUUGCAGGUCCAGCUCUAGAUGGAACUUCUUGUGAAACUGGGAAGUGGUGCAUUGAAGGGAGCUGUGUGAAGAGAAGUGGUAAAGUGCCUAAAGUGGUUGAAGGUGGUUGGAGUAAAUGGAGCACUGAGAAAUGCAUAUCCGGUUGUACACAGAAAUCAAAAGGAUUCCAAAAGAAACACAGAAGCUGUGACAAUCCAAGGCCUGUUAACACUGAUGAGGGAUGCAUUGGUCCGACUGUUGAGGUGGCUCUUUGCAAUGAUGAAAAGAUCUGUCAUGGGAAGAAAAGAUUGACUUCAAAGGAACUUGCAUCCAAGAAAUGUAAGGAGUUUGGACAUAAAUUGAAAAAUGUGGACGGUAAGCAGCCUGGCUUCCAAGCUCCUCACGAAACAGGCAGACCUUGGGUAGCAUGCUCAGUGUUCUGUCACAGGAAAGAUUCUAGUGCAUACUACACUCCUCGGCUGGAGUUCAAUGAUGUGAACAUCGACCCGUUCUUGCCAGAUGGCACCUGGUGUCACAACGAUGGAGCCACUGACUACUACUGCCAGCAACACAAUUGUCUGCCUGCUGAGAACAAUCAACUGACAAAAUCAUCGAACAAUAAUAUAGAAGAUUUGAAAAAGUUUGUGGAGAAUGCACUACCAGGUGGGGAGAAUAUCAUUGAUCAUGAUAAUUUGCUGCAGUACUUCAGUCUGGAUAAGGAUGGAAAGCCUUUUCCCAUAGAUCUGCCAAAAACUCCAUUUUUCCAAACCAAAGAAGAUGAAUGGUCAAGCCGAGAUUACAUUGAUCUCAAACAGUCCGACGAAGUUGAAGAAUUACAAAACCUGUUUUGAAUGAAAUAUAUUACCUAAUAUAUUGUCAGAUUUCUUCAUGCUACAAUGAAUUCAGUUUUCAAUUUUAUGUUUCGAAUUGAUAUAUCAAGUUAUCAUAUCUUAUCUGUUUCAGAAAUUGAACUUUCCUUUGUACACUGAGAGAGUGUAUUCUCUUCUCUUGAAUGCUCCAAUUCUAUAAAAUAUAAUCUUGCUCUUUUCAAAUAUUUUCAAGUAAAAUUAUAUCUAUAAUUGUAUUACUUAUUCGAGAAAUUCC